UCAAUGCACCAAACAAACACACCAUCAUUCAAAGCCGGAAUAGCUUAAAGAGAAAAUCUCGAUUAUCAAGAAAGCUCUUUUUUCACAUCUCCACAGAGAGAUCUUCGAUUUUUGCAUUUCAAAUACAAAAAAAGGAACCAUUUGAGAGUAAAAAAGCUUUCUUUGAUUCCGCCAUGGAUUUAGCUUGAACCCAUAUCUUCGAUUGUGGCUGACAACUCGUUAAACCCAUUUCGAAUCUCGUUUUUGAAGAAAUGGGUUCGUCUUCUCACAUUCCACAUCUUGAUCCGUCUUUGAAUCCGUCACCUACACUGAUCCCAAAGCUCGAACCCAUCACUGAAUCAACCCAAGACUUGAGCUUUAAGCUCCCAAACUCAAACCCACAAGCCCAGAUUUCGUCACCAGUCUCCAAUUUCAACGAACUCACGAACUUGUUCUCUGAUUACAACAACGUCGCCGAGACUUUUAGGUCUGCGUUUGCUCAACGGCUUAAACGUCACGAUGAUGUCACGGUUCUUGAUUCUUUAUCCGGCGCGAUUGUACCGGUUGAGGAGAAUCCGGAGCCGGAGCCGGAGCCGGUUCCGGUGUCGGUUGUUGUUACUCGUAGGCCAAAGCCUCAGCAACGUUCGUCUGAGCUUGUGAGGAUCACUGAUGUUGGACCUGAAGGUGAGAGACAGUUUCGUGAACAAGUGAGGCAGACGAGGAUGGUUUAUGAUUCUCUUAGGAUUUAUUUGAUGAUGGAAGAAGUUAAACGUCAAGGGCUUGGUGGGAGAAAAGGUAGACCUGAUAGUAAAGCUGCUUCAAUUAUGAAAGAUUGUUUCUUGUGGCUGAAUCGUGAUAAACGAAUCGUGGGUUCGAUUCCUGGUGUUCAAGUUGGGGAUAUAUUCUUCUUUAGGCUUGAGUUGUGUGUUAUGGGUUUACAUGGGCAGACACAAGCUGGGAUUGAUUAUCUUACAGGCAGUCUUAGCUCUAAUGGAGAGCCAAUUGCUACUAGUGUGAUUGUUUCUGGUGGGUAUGAGGAUGAUGAUGAUCAUGGAGAUGUGAUUAUGUAUACAGGACAUGGUGGACAGGAUAAGCUUGGAAGGCAAGCUGAACAUCAGAAGUUGGAAGGUGGGAAUCUUGCGAUGGAACGGAGUAUGUAUUAUGGGAUUGAAGUUAGGGUGAUUAGAGGGUUGAAGUAUGAGAACGCGGUUUCUAGCAAAGUUUAUGUUUAUGAUGGGUUGUUUAGGAUUGUUGAUUCUUGGUUCGAUAUUGGGAAGUCUGGUUUCGGUGUGUUUAAAUUUAGGCUGGAGAGGAUUGAAGGUCAGGCUGAGAUGGGUAGCUCGAUAUUGAAGCUUGCUAGUACUCUUAAAACCAACCCGUUGUCUGUUAGGCCGAGAGGUUACAUCAGUUUCGAUAUCUCGAAUAGGAAAGAGAAUGUUCCUGUCUAUUUGUAUAACGACAUUGACAAUGAUCAAGAACCUUUGUAUUAUGAGUACCUUGCUAAAGCUUCGUUUCCCCCUGGCUUAUUUAUUCAACGGAGUAGUGCAAGUGGGUGUGACUGUAUCCAAGGCUGUGGCAGUGGCUGCCUUUGUGAAGCCAAGAAUUCAGGUGAGUUUGCUUAUGAUUAUCAUGGGAAGUUAAUAAGAUUGAAACCAUUGAUACAUGAAUGUGGACCAGCAUGUCAGUGCCCUCCAACUUGUCGAAACCGUGUGACUCAAAAGGGUUUGAAGAAUAGGCUCGAAGUGUUUAGGUCACUAGAAACAGGUUGGGGAGUUCGGUCUUUGGAUAUAUUACAUGCUGGUGCUUUUAUUUGUGAAUAUGCUGGGGUUGCUUUGACUAGGGAACAAGCCAACAUUCUGACAAUGAACGGUGAUACAAUGGUAUAUCCUGCUCGGUUUUCCUCUGCAAGAUGGGAAGCUUGGGGAGAUUUGUCUCAGGUCCUUGCUGAUUACGAGCGACCUUCUUACCCUCAGAUUCCUCCUGUUGAUUUCGCAAUGGAUGUAUCCAAGAUGAGGAAUGUUGCUUGUUACAUAAGCCACAGUACUGAUCCAAAUGUCAUUGUCCAGUUAGUACUCCAUGAUCACAACAGUCUGAUGUUCCCCAGAGUCAUGCUCUUCGCUGCAGAGAAUAUCCCUCCCAUGACUGAGCUUAGCCUUGAUUAUGGAGUAGCUGAUGAUUGGACUGCCAAGCUUGCCAUUUGUAAUUGAAAAUCUCCUAUAUAAAUGGUGGUUCGUAGCCAUAUUUUUCCAGGUAAAACUAAGUUAAUAAGUCUUACCAAAUAAGCCUUUAGUGUCAUUCUAGUUAAACUUUGAGAAAAGCACCAGCAAGAAACAUUGCAAAUGGGUCUUCUAUAGGUUUGCUUUCUCCAAUAGUCGUAUAGAUUGUAUGGAUUGUGAGAGAAAUGCUGCAACUUGGUGUAUUCUAAUGUCUGCUGCAUUGAGAAAGCCAUUGAUGUGCUCUUGCUGUUAGCCAUAUCAUGUUCAUUUGAACUCGAGAUAUACAUCGGUUUCUUGUGGAUUGCGAUCAGGCUGGUAUUGAAUCAUUUGUUUGGUUUUUGCUAGUUGGUGACAUGAAGAUUGUUGAAGGAAAAGGAAUUGUGCAGAAGCUAAAGUGUUUAUAAGAGUCCCCACUCCUCCCAUUUUGACUUUUUGUGGUAUCUUUGCACAUUUGGGAGUCUUGAGGUUUUGUUUUUGGGGGGUAAUAGUGUACAAAACUCAAAAAGAUGUUUGUUUUUGUCUGUACUAGCUUGUUCUUGUGUUUGUCUCCUACUUAACAAAAUGUUAACCACCUAUCUCUGUCUCUCUAAAUUAGUUAACUAUUAAAUGAAACCAUCACAUAUAAUUUGAUUC